AUGAAAGCUGCCACAUCAUCAGCUCUUAUUCGGGGUAAGAGGUCACCGGAUGCUCUUCGGGAGCCCCGGCCCCGAAAGAGGGAGAAAUAUGCAAAAAUGGCCUGCUCCCUAUGCAAGGUCCGAAAGGUCAAGUGCAGCGGGACCCAACCGUGCGGCCGUUGCGAGGAGCUUCGUAGCCAAUGUACCUACAGCGAACCGUUCCAGCCCGAUGCUGCUGAUGGCUUUGACCCACAGCCAGCCCACAGAGACCCUGAAGUCACAGUCCUGCGAAUGAAUAAGAUCUGUGACCAAAUGCAACAAUCCAUCGGUCGCUUUGGUCUCAAUUCUCCAGCUCCCCCACGUAGGUCGUCUUGUCUGCAACGAAGACAAGAGAACGAUGAACUACCACAACCAACUAAGCCUCUCACCCCUACGGAUCCCGGACACACUUUGAGCCUUACGCAAUAUGCUAUGAGAGAAAGGGGCCUGCUAUCCCCUCCACACUCUGAAGCUGGCCCUCCUCCGGCUAUGCGAGACGACUUGAAGUUCCCCGAUGCUUUGAUCAGUACGCUGCAAGCUGCACGAUCCUUGUUGGAACUCGGUCACGCCAAUGUUGCUCAGCUUUUUACAAUAUUCAGGGACGAGGUUUAUCCUUUCUAUCCCUGCAUCAAUUUAGAGUUGGGCAAUGAAGCUGUGAAUGCUGUCUUUUCACUGUUCAAGGAUACUUCCCACGGGGUCGCUGUCAACGUGGAUAUGAUCGAUGUGGAAAUCACAAAGGCGGUUGUGGCAAUUGCCCUGCUGCUCAGAGAUGACACACAGAGCCCUUUAGCCUCCGAUCUUGAAGACCAGUUGAUUUGGAGCGUGGAUUCUUGUUUCGAUCAAGAGAAGCCCCAGAUUGAGGAUAUCGUCAUGUCAAUAUUAUUGGCAAUCUAUCUGAGCCUCAAGCAAAGAACAGUCAAAGCUUGGCGAAUAGCCGGAGUGGCUUCCAAACUGUGCCUCGAGCUUGGUCUCCAUCGGGAGAGAUUCUUUGAAGAUUCUCGGGUACCCCCACAGCGGAUCGCCGACUGGAAGCGUCAACUUGCUUGUGUCUAUCGCCUGGAUAGGCAAUGCAGUUUCUAUUCGGAUCUACCGUGGACACUUCAUGAAAGAGAAAUAAAUGUGUCUGCGCUCACCAUUGAACCGCAAGACUCCUAUAUAUCAACCAUGAUCUCCCUAGACAGAAACCUCUCCGAGGCAUGGACUCUCGUCAACUCCCCAUCACCUCAAUCUAAGAACAACGGGGAACGGGCAGAAUUCCUCAAUUUCCAGCUACAAAAGCUUAUCGACAAAAUCCCGACGGGGGACUUCAAGAAUCUAGAGCCAACUGUGGCCCCACCACCAUGGCUACAAGCUGGUCUGAAACGGUUUUGUCAUCUUCGCGUGCACCACAUCAAGAUCCUCACACAAAUAUGCGCAUCCGGCUCAAUAAGGGAUUCAAUCUUGAAUCCAACCUCAAGAAAUAUCCUCGUCAACGCAGCCGUGAAAUCAGUCGAUCUACACUUGGAAAUGGUCAAUGCUGGCGAAAUCAGUCCACUCCUGUUGCCAAUAAUGAUGAAAUUGCUUCUAACUUCUCUAUCUAUCAUGAUGUUUGCCGUCUCGCACUGCCCCGAGGAGCAUGGGUCACUGUGUAGCAAGCCCUUCCAAACAGCUACCCAUAUCCUCAGUGACGCACAGAGCUUCGUCAAAGACCCAGAUCUUAAUAUUUGCGGUACUUUGCAUGUGUUGGAGAAGAUUGUCGAAGCCAGCCAGAAGCGGUCGGCGCCAUCGAUUAGUCGAAAGGAAGAGAUGUACAACAGUGUCUAUCAGGGAGAAACCUUUGACGAAGGGAACGUUUUUGAGGAGCUGCCCACGCCGGACUCGGAAUUCUUCUCUAUGUUGGGAAGUAUGGCAGCAACGGAUAUACUUCAUAUGGGUAAUAUCUUUGGCUAA